GUGUCUGGAUCCAGUGCACUGGAGAUUGAUGAUGAGAUCUAUGCAGCAGUAGUUUUCUGCAUCGAUGACAUACAUUGUCCUAGAUAGACAGCGGGAAUGACUCUACGGUCUCUCAAGUUCUAUAUCAACCUUACGGCUAGGUAUGGUUUCAUAGAUAUACAAGAGCAGCAUGGCAGGCAGCAUGGAGUGGAAACAAGAUCACAUGCGCUAUCAAUCAAUCAUAUACGUAGUAAGCCCCAGUCGCACCAUGUACCAUUGAGGAUUCCGUGUUUUAUGACAUGACGACAAGAGAGUGCAAGUGGCAAAGAAGGCUUAUUUUUGACUAACAAGCUCCAAUUAAUGAACUGCUCGGAUCCAUUAUCCCCACCACAAAACGACACCAUCACGGUCCAUAAGUGACCUUCCAUGCAGUGUGACGAUUGACUGUUCCCAGAGGGAUGACUGCCACCUAUCUAGCUACAGGAGAGUGGGACACCAAACUGGGGGAGAUUUUCUGCACAAAUGAACCUAUAUUUCCUGUGUGCUACCUGCCUCUCCACUCAAUGGAGUGCUACUCAAUAACUCUAACCUAACUGAGCGCUCAGUCAUUAUCCUCCAAUGUGAUCCUGAGUUCUCACUGGUGGGUGCAGUGACUGUCACUUAUAACAACUCUGCUCUCUGUGAUCCUGACCCGGCUCUGUUGGAGUGUAUGUGUCUCAGUGUCAUGCCUGCAUGCAUGUAUGCUGCAGAAUUACCUAUAGAUGGGGCAUCUGCUAUACUGGUGCUACUCUUGCUGGAGGUGAAAGAGAAAAGUACCAUGCAGCCUCCAGCAGUGAACAAAGAAGGCUACAACAGAAUCACCUAUAAUGUGGGAUGUGAAUCCUGCUUCACAGAACCCUUCUCCAGUUCACUAACCUAUGAUGAGGUUACCAUCAACAGUGAUAAUGUGAAAAUAGUGGUCAACGAAGAGGAAUACAGUGUAAUGAACACUGCAUGGACAGGGUGCUCAGAGGCUGCCUGCAGCUAUGGCCAGCUUGGGAAUGUGCCAGUCCCACACAAAAGGCAACACAACUGCCACAGUAGACCAACAUCAGGUCACCUACGCUACUGUGGAUAUUGAUACCGCCAGGAAAUAAGCAGCCAAAGCAGCCACUCUUCCAGCUCAACAGGUCAAAUUGUUGUAAAUAUUACAACAACAACGGAGCCCAUCUUCUAAGCUAGUCUGGCCACGCCCUCCCCAAAUUCGUCUUACAAAGAGGCUGGAAUUCGAGACUACUUCUAAGCCAAGUCUUCAUUGGGGGGGGGAGCGGCGAUCAAAUCAAGCUAAGUUGGUGGGUUGGGCUGACCACAAAUUCAAAUUCAAACUAAAGUGAUAACCCUUUUCCCCACGGUUGCGAUUGAACGGUAAAGGGAUAUGUAAUAACUAGUAGCUUCAUGCCAUAAAGCUUUAGCACAGACAUCAGCACCCACGAUGCUUCAUGAUAUAGUUGUACAAAGAGAUAAUCUAUAAAUAGCGCACCCGUUCCUAUCUACAUAGCAAUCGAGUCGUAAGUUUUCCCAUUCCUCUGAUUAAGAAAAAGUGUCAGGCUAAAGUGUGCUGUAAUGUUAUCUGUUCCUGGUAGUUUUAAUUAGGAAGCUUGUAUCUUGUCUUUAGAGUAGGUGUAUAGUAGCUAGGUCUCUUAGUUGUAUCAGGAGUGCACAAGUUAAAUAGGUGAAGCCAACCAGAGGAGGUACAACAGGCAGGAGUAAUUAGGCUUGAUUGAGAGCUGUAAUUACAUUCCUGUAAUUAC